AUGAAACUCCAUUAUUUUAAAAUAUUAUUAUUGUUUGCUCAUCCAUUAAAUAUAUUGUUAUUAUCGUCAUCACAUGUGCAUAAUAAAAAAAAUCCAUACAUAAUAACAUCACAUACACCAAGCCAAGAAUCUCUAAAAACAUGUAGAUCAUUGUGCGAAUGUGACCUAUAUACGUCAAUUUAUGAUAAUGACCCGGAAAUGCAAAAAGUCAUACAAGAAUUUGAUAAUCGUACAUCACAACGUUUUGAAGAAUACGAUCGACGUAUGGUAAAAAACAGACAAAAAUGCAAAGAACGAUGCGAUAAAGAAAUCGAGCAAAUUAUUUUAAAAGACAAAAUCGAAAAAGAAUUAACAGAAAAGUUGGGAGCAUUACAAACAGAAAUACAAAGUGACGCCGUUCCUACGUGUACAUGUCAAAAAUCAGUAGCAGAUAAAGUGGAAAAAACAUGUUUGAAAUGUGGAAGUGUGUUGGGAGGUGGUAUAGCCCCCGGUUGGGGUCUGGUCAGUGGUAUAGGUUAUUCGACAUGGACACAUUAUGUUGCUACUACAGUUGCUAAGGCUGCUACUGAUGCGGGUAUUAAAGAAGCCACUGAAGCACUAGGAAGAAUAUAUACGCUUAAUGAGGUAACUGUUAUUAAUUGGACCUCAAAGAUUACUGCAACAAAUUAUUAUAAACCAAUGGAACUUGUUGAAAUUGUAAAUGGAGUAAAUAAUAUGUGUGGGGAAACGGGUGUCGCAGGGAAUACUUCGUUCUGUUUAGCAGCGGAAAGUAUAAAACCUUCUGAUGUCUUUACUCGAAUAAUUUCUAGACAAGCUCAAGAAGCUGCUACAUAUGCAGCUUCCAAAGCUAAGGAUGUUACAACUGCAGAAUUUGCUAACUCAGCAUCUUCUACUGCUACAUUAACUAAUACUAUUAUUGCUUCUGUUGUUGCAAUAUUGGUUAUAGUUUUAGUUAUGAUAAUAAUUUAUUUAAUUUUACGUUAUCGAAGAAAAACAAAAAUGAAGAAAAAACUCCAAUAUAUAAAAUUAUUAAACGAAUAG